GAAGUUCGCCGUAAAAAUUUUGUGCAGAACAACAAGAUCUCCGUGGACGAACACUGUUUAGUCAGUUGUGUAUCAAAUUUCUAUGGAAAGGUAGCGGGAAAUAUCAGAACUUCGACGUAGAAUGCGCUGUUACGUGUCCCUGCCUGACUUUGUUCUUACAGAGUUCAAUUUUAGAACUAAAGCGAUAGGACAAGACCUUUUAGAUGAGGUGUGCAAAAGACUUGGGAUAAUUGAAGUGGACUAUUUUGGACUUCAGUUCUCGGGCCCAAAGGGCGAAACACUUUGGCUCAACACUAGAAAUAGAAUUCGACGUCAAAUCCCUGGUGCACCACCAUACCGCUUGCAGUUCCGUGUAAAAUUUUUUGUUCAGCCGCAGUAUCUACUUCAAGACACCACCAGGCAUCAGUAUUUUCUUCAUUUGAAAAACGAUUUGGAUGAAGGGAAAAUUAUCCCAGAUCCGGAAAAAGCGGCAGCAGUGUAUGCGUUGAUCGCACAAGCAACCAUCGGGGACCAUGGCGAUUCCUACUCUCCGUGCGAUUAUUGUCAGGCAUCAGAAAUUGAAUCACAGUGGAGCUCGGAGUUUCGCAGCAGCGUUUCAGAGGAACAUGCCAAGCUCAAAGGCCUUCGAUCGCCAGCAGCUACGCAAUUUUUCAUCAAAGAAAUGUCUCUGAUGGAAAAUUAUGGAAUAGAGUAUCAUCUUGCGAAGAACGAUUCAGGAAAUACUCUACACAUCGGUGUUGGAAGCGAGGAGAUAAAAAUAUUUGAUGCCGACUUCAACUUUGUUGAAAGGUUUUUGUACAAUGGCCUGAAGAUGGCAACUCAUGUCAAGAACAAUCUUUACUUGAGAAUUAGAAGUGAUGAUGGUGAAUCUUUGUUGGCAUUUGGACUCUCCAGUCAGGAAGCUGCCUGUGCUUUGUACAGAUCCAUUACAGAGUAUCAUACAUUUUACCGAUGUGAAACUGUACGGAAUGUGGUCACUGAUCAAUUCACACGAGACUUGAAAGAAACCCUAGUUUCUUUCUUUGGAGAUGAGGAAUCAGACAAAAAGUACAUCUUUGAUGUACAGAGGACUUCAAAGGAGGUGUAUGAUCACUGUCGGAGAGUUUUGUAUAAGCGAGGAUGUGAUCCUAUUCAAAAUCCUCCUCCAGAGUGUCAGGUUGAAUUGGGAUCUGAAACUGGUGAUGCAAAAGUUGCUCAGCUUCAAGAAAAGUUGACCAAGAUGGAGGACUCGUUGAAGUGUAGGAUCUGUAUGGAUGCACAGAUUGACACUGUGUUUUGUCCCUGUGGACACUUGGUUUCUUGCAGUGUCUGUGCAGCAAAUGUAGAACUGUGUCCGAUUUGCAGAGAACAGAUCCAGAAAGCUCAACGUGUCUUCUUUCCAGUCACAGUCAGCUGAAAGAGUGGAGAGGACACUUGGACAAGUGCUGAUAACAUUUGACACUUUGUCACCUCAAGAACCAAGAAUUUGCCUCAACAUGAUAUGAAGUUACAACAAAUUGUCCAAGUAGACCCUGCUAAAGAGAGAGCACCUUUUGCUGGCAUUGGUGGAACAGAACAGCUUUUCUUGCCACAAGUCUGGUGUGUUGGAGGACAAGAACAUUUGGAUUGGUUUAAAACUCUCAAACCUUGAAAAGAGUGAAGAGAGUAAUUAUGAUAAAAAGGAGAAGUGUACACAAUGCUUUCUAGCAUUGUGGUCCUGAUGGACAGACUAAGGUAAAAGUAUUUUUGAAAGAGAGAAUAAUUUUGUAAGGUUUUGAAUAAUAUGGUUUUGAGAGAACGUUGAAAAGAUGUAUUUAUAACUUGAAUUUAUUAGUCUCGGAGACUUUUUUAUGAGAAGAAAAGAACCAUGGGUCUUAAAUUAAAUGUUUGUUGAUAAUAAGUACCAAUGAUUUUACUGCUAUUAAUAGAAUUACCAUAGUUUCUGUACUGCCCUUCUGCAAAGUUAUAAGACCACAGAAGGAAAAAGUGACAAAAUGCAUGUGUUUGUGGAUUUAAAGCAACAUAAACAAAUUUUUAAUUUUGUUAGAGUGAGCUUGUUACGAGUUACACUGGUUUGAGUUGCAUUACUUUGCAUUUGUCUUUGCUUAGUCUGAAGCUCUGAAGUGUAAAAUGUUUCCUGCUUUUACCUGAAUCCAGGUACCUAGUUUAGGAUAAGUGUAUUUUGAUCUGUACAUUUAGAAUUGUAUAUAAUAUGUACACACUUGUUGGACUUUGGUGCAUGUAUUAAUCAGGUUUGGCUCUUGUGAUCAAGCUCAACACACUCUAUAUGGAAAAUCAAGUGCUGAUGAAAUGUUUGAGAGAGUAAUAAUUAGUUAAGAUUCUAGAAUUUUAUUUCAUUGCGUUGUAACUUUACGUUGCAGUAACAUCACAAUUUGAAUUUUUUUUUAAUGCGAUUGGCCUCUAAGUCUUUAAAGCAUUUGUGCUUCUUGAUGUUUUAUUGAGUUAUGGCAAACUUCACCUGUAGCCUACUGUCUUUUAGAACCCUUCUUUUUUUCUUUUCUUUUUUUUUUUUAACCAUGCACAGCAAACCUCAAACACAGUCAAAGAUAAUUCAGUCAUCACUUAUCUUGCAAUAUGGCAUAACAAGAUAUCUUGUCAUUUUUCAUCCAGUACCUUGGGUACAUUAUUUGUCCUUACAGCAUGUUAUUUUUUUAGUUUUCUAGUUAAGUUCCUUUUUUUAGGUCUGAAAUGUGAUGCAGGUUCAGUGCAGUUCAGCAGAUUUUACUUAGAGCAUGCUAAAGUACCUCAAGUGCAACAAAUGAUUCUUAAAAUCCCAUGUCCUUGUCAACCUUUUUCUUGAAAAUCUGAAAUUACAAUGUUUUGUAGAGUCUUCAGACAAACAAAAAAAUUAAAAUUUUGGUGAUGUCUAUGUUUCCUCUUUUUAUAGCCCAUGGAUAUUUUGAGAUCUUGUUUUUGUUGUCAAGGAAAUAUCAGCGAGAAUUAAAAAUACUUUUAUUUUAAAUGGAAGUUGUAAAU